AUGGUGGCGGCCGAUACGGGGGCACCUCGGAUGUCGACCACCGAGGCGACCGCCACACCCGGAUUGCCACUUGCCGCGUCCAUGCCUACCAGUUCGAGGAUAGCUGUGCCCAUGGUCGUGCGGCUUAAUCUUUCGAGCUACGAAAUUCUGACAGCCUCCGCUAUUUCGUCCCAGGUAUUGUACACUCCCAUAGAGAGGAGCUUCUCUGUGGAGGUGCUAAUUGAAAUUCCCUACGCACUCUUCGCACCUCCCUUUUUUCAGCAAGGACUUCCACGUUCAUUCAACUAUGGUGGCAUCGGUACUACAAUUGCUCACGAGCUGGGGCACAGCUUGACCUACUCAGGUAUCAGCAGAAAGACAACCAAGGAAUAUGAAAAUCUCAUAAAAGGUUCCUUGGAAUUGUUUAAGAACAAAACUUCCUGCUUCGAGAAACAAUACAAAGCGGUUAACAAAAAACUGCUUCUGGAACUUGACGAGAAUUACAACGAAAGUACGAGUGCUGAAGCGGACGUAUACGAUGCCUUCUUUGCGAAUUCCAGUAAAUACGUAAGUAUAACUUUUAUGCUAUUAGUACUUCGCAGACCAGAGAAAAAUAUGCUAUCUAACCACAUAGCUUGUUAUCUACAAGGCACAUAGACAAACUCGUUGGAAUAUCGUAGUAUAAAGGAGGUAGAAAAUCCUACAUAGUUACCCGGAAUUUAUGUCUAUCCAGCACUAAAUAAGAAGUGGCGGGAACUU